AUGUACGAACUGGGCUGGAAGCGGGGUGACGUUCAUGCUGCAUGGCCCCGCAUCUUCCUGCAGUGUAAUUUCUUCGAGUCCCUGGAUCCGAUGGAGAUUCUCUGCAACGCCUGCCUUGUGUACGGUGUUUGGUUUCUGCUCUACGUCUCUUGGCUCCUCGCUUUCGGUCUGCGAUGCCCCAAGCAUGGAUAUGACACGAUCUUCCACUGGGCGAUGCGAGGUUCCGCCGGAAGCGUCGUAGCAAAGAUCUUGCGCCGGCAGCCAGAGGUCCAUGCAGCUUACACUGAGAGCAAUGACUUUCCGCGGGAGUAUGUCUUUGUCUACAUGGCCUUGCAUGCCGCAUCAGUACUGGCGAGCAUUCCGGUGUCGCUGCUGUGCUACACCAGUCAGUGGAUCCACGUCAGCCUUUGCGCCUGCGUGCUGCUCUCCACUAUCUACAACGCGUCUGCCCGCUACACGUUCUACAUGGUGAAGAGCUACACGGUGGCUUUGAAAAAGGAGUUGAGAAUACCUCGCGAUCGCGGCGCUUCGGCCCUGCUCAGCGACGAGGAUCGGAGCUGA